AUGUUCCUUCGCUCCCAAUCUCGCACUCCUCACCGUUCUCCUGCUCUGCAACGAAGACCCUCGGACACCGAGCCUCUCGUCAUCGCCUCUGGCUCCGGGACCCAGGACCACACCCAGAGCAGCCCCGCUCGCACCAGCCUCGUGAACAACCUCAACAGCAACGGCUCCUGCACCUACUCUGACGACGACGGUGACUACGACCAGCAGCAAUCAUCCUCUUCGUGUCCAAACAACAUGAGCCACAAACAUCCUCACAACCUCUUGAACAGCAACAGCAACAAACUCUGCCACAAACGCUCAACAACUUCCACAUUCAAUACCUACUCCACGGCUCCCACGGCUCCCAUCGCCUCCUCCAGCAAAGUAGACGUAACCAACCCCUUCGAAGAUCCCUCCCACAUCGUCAACGAACCCUCACCCUCCGGCUCUUCCACCCCCUCCACAAUCCCCUCCGAUUCAUCUACACCCCAAUCUCAUCCUCUCUACCGAACCAAUCCCAACUCGAACUCCUUUCACCCUCAUCCUCACCCUCCCCAUGCCAUGCAUAGCAACCACGGCCUAGACGGCACGGUCAGCGCCAACGCCGGUUUCACCGCCGGCACCACCGACCAUAGCUUGCCCGUCCCGGUAACCAACAAGCGAGCCCACACUAGUACUACGAUCUCGUCAAGGAGAUCGGGCAGGUCGACUUCUUCCAAACUCUCGAGGAGGGUGAAGAAGUUACCACGGGCGAUGAGGAGGGUGGUGAAGAGGUUUCUGAGACGGGUGACGGGGAAGAGCCGGAAGAAGGAGAAGAUGAAGGUGACUUGGACUGCGCCGCAGGUUUGA